AUGUGUGUCAAGCACCAGGAGCCAUCCCUUUUCAAUGCUCAGAAGACCGAAAAUCCUUAUGUCGGGGGUCACUACCACCAACUAUGUCCACAUGAGUCAACUUGUCGACUUACCCAUUUGGAAGACCUAACACUCGGUUUAUCGAAUACGUCGAUUCGAAGUUUGGCCGGAGCUAUUAGCGGGGUGGCCUCUAGUGUUGUAACAUGUCCUCUGGACGUUAUAAAAACCAAAUUACAAGGUAGACAUGGUCUCCAACUAUGGACGCUCGACACCGUUAGCAAACGACGUUCAUUUCAAAACAGAGGCAUGAUAGGUACUGGACGUUCAAUAUGGCACGAAAGGGGAUUGAUUAAAAAGUUUAUACUAACCUGCACCAAACGGCCCACAACAUAUAUGGAUAUCUUCAUGUAUAUCAGCAGUUACUGGAGGUGCCUGUUCUACAUUGAUUACAUAUCCAUUGUGGGUUAUCAAAACCAGAUUAAUGUCUCAAUCAAGCGCCGCUACCGAGAACACUACUGGAGAGUACAAGUCCAUCAUAGAUGUCGCUCGGAAGAUAGAUAUUUGACAGGAACAGGGCUUGGGAAUUGGCGCGAGGACCAGGGACUGUUUCAAGUCUUGGGAAUUCUAGCAGCCAGCUCCGCGAGCAAAGCGUGCGCGACUGCAGCCACAUAUCCACACGAAGUUAUUCGAACAAGAUUGCAAACACAACGGUUAGUAAGGCCACCAUCAUACAGAGGCUCAUCCAUGGAUGCAAGUAGUCAAUGGAAGGGAAUAAAUAAUGAUGGAAGGAGGCCACAGAUGUCUCCUAUUGUGUACCGAGGUGCGGUCAACACGCUUAAAAUAAUUCUGCGGGAUGAAGGUUGGCGUGCAUUGUAUUCAGGGAUGGGAACUAGCUUGAUUGGAGCAAUACCAGCCUCUGCCACUACAAUGCUAGUGUAUGAAGCAGUAGUGCAACUGAUUAAGAAGUCGAGGACAAAAGGGAGAAGAAAGCUCAAAUUACAGGACGGUUCAACCAAAUAG